AUGACUUUUAUUCUUGAGCAGCUUUGUAAUUUGAUCUGCCCAUCAAAACCCGAGGCUGUGUAUAUGCUGAUCUUGAACAAGGCACACACGCAAGAGGAGUUUAUCCGGGGAUCAAUGACGAAGAAUCCAUAUUCAAGUGCUGAGAUUGGCCCACUGAUGCGGGAUGUUAAAAACAAGAUUUGUCAGCAGUUGGACCUGUUAGGUCUACUGGAAGAUGACUAUGGCAUGGAGUUGCUUGUAGCAGGAAACAUUAUUUCACUAGACCUGAGCGUAGCACAAGUUUAUGAGCUGGUUUGGAAGAAAUCAAAUCAGCCUUCUACUUCUCUGACCAACUCCGCACUGUUAGCUUCAAAUGCAGCUCCUAGCAGGGAUUGUCCUCCCAUGACUGUAACAUACAGACUUCAGGGACUAGAUGGUGAAGCUACUGAACCUAUGAUCAAGGAAUUGGAAGAAGAUAGAGAAGAAUCACAAGAUCCAGAGAUUGAGUUUGCAAUAGCAGGUGCAGUUCGGGAAUAUGGUGGUCUGGAAAUUUUACUUGAUAUGAUCAAGAGUUUACGAGAUGACUUCAAAUCCAACCAAGAAGAGAUGGUUGCAGUUCUUGAUCUCCUAAACCAUUGCUGCAAGAUUAGAGAGAACAGGCGAGGUUUACUCAGGCUAGGAGCUCUAAGCUUACUUCUUGAAACAGCUAGGAGGGCGUUUUCUGUGGAUGCUAUGGAGCCAGCUGAAGGCAUUCUCUUAAUUGUCGAGAGUUUGACUCUUGAAGCAAAUGAAAAAGGAGUUGCUGGAGAAAACGAGAUUGGUGCAAGGGCUGAGAAUUUGUUAGACACACUCGCUGAUAAAGAAGGAAAAGGAGAUGGAUUUCUUGGAGAGAAAGUCCGUGCAUUACGAGAUGCCACCAAAGAUGAAAUGAGACGCCGUGCACUAAGAAAGAGACAGGAGCUCCUAAAGGGCCUUGGAAUGCAUCAAGAGGUAUCUUCUGAUGGCGGUAAAAGGAUUGUGGUUUCUCAACCAAUUCUCGAAGGUUUUGAUGAUGUAGAGGAAGAAGGGGAUGGACUGGCUUGCAUGGUGUGUAGAGAAGGCUACAAACUCAGACCUACUGAUUUAUUAGGAGUCUACUCUUACAGCAAACGGGUGAAUCUCGGUGUUGGCACUUCGGGAAGUGCGCGUGGCGAAUGCGUUUAUACUACCGUGAGCUACUUCAACAUCAUUCAUUUCCAAUGUCAUCAAGAAGCAAAAAGGGCCGAUGCUGCUCUCAAAAACCCGAAGAAAGAAUGGGAAGGAGCUAUGUUACGUAACAAUGAAUCUCUUUGCAAUUCUCUCUUCCCUGUCAAAGGUCCCUUGGUUCCUUUAGCUCAGUAUCUUCGCUACGUUGACCAGUACUGGGAUAACCUCAAUGCUCUUGGUCGAGCCGACGGAAGCAGACUCCGCCUAUUGACAUAUGACAUAGUACUGGUAAGUUAA